AUGGUAGAAAUUGUAGGGUUAAUAUCAGGUGGUAAAGAUUCAAUUUAUAAUUUGAUGGAAUGUGUCAGAAAUGGACAUAGUAUAGUCGCAUUAGCAAAUUUAAAACCACCAAAACAACAAGAAGAAUUAGAUAGUUUUAUGUAUCAAACUGUGGGAAACAAUUUAAUUGAUAUUAUUGCUAAAGAAUGCUUACAACUACCACUAUUUCAAAUUGAAAUCAAGGGUACUGCUGAAUCAAAAGAUGAGCAUUAUGUAGAAUCUUCAAAUGACGAAGUAGAAGAUUUAUAUAACUUAUUAAAAUCUGUUAAAGAUUCAAUUCCAACCGUCAAAGGUGUCUCAUGUGGUGCAAUUUUAUCAACCUAUCAAAGAAUUAGAGUUGAAAAUGUAUGUUCACGUUUAGGAUUGGUUUGCUACUCAUAUCUAUGGAUGAGAGACCAAGAUACACUUUUACAAGAGAUGAUUACCUCACAAUUAACUGCAGUUAUCAUUAAAGUUGCAUCAAUGGGUUUAGAGGCAAAUAAGCAUUUACUAAAAUCGAUUCAACAACUUUAUCCUGUUCUUAAAAGUUUAAACACCAAAUUUGGUGUUCAUAUCUGUGGUGAAGGUGGUGAAUAUGAAUCAAUCGUAGUAGAUUGUCCAUUAUACAAAAAGAAAAUUAAUAUUGAGGAUUUCAAUACAAUUAUUCACUCGGAUGAUGCUUUCUCUCAAGUAGCCUAC